AUGCUGCAGUCCAGGGCAUUGGUGAUAGCUCUGAUUCUGCUCCUUGGCACCACUCUCCCCGAAGUGCAGUCAAAGUCCAUCUUUGAGAAAGACCGACGUGAGUUGCUGGCUAUCCCUGAGCAAAUUGCAUCUUACUUCUAUGAAGCUGUGAACAAGGUGUACCCUAAAGUCAGUCAGUUCUUUCUGGAUACUGUCCAGAGUCCAACAGUUAUUGCGGCCAGACAGAGACUCGCCAAAGAAGCAACUAAAGUCAGUAUAAUGUUUGAACAGCUGAUUGAAAAAAUAAAGAACCUGUGGUACACAAGAAUCCUAGGCUAUUAG